AAUCUCAAUUCCCUCUUACAAAUGAGACUGAAUUAUUCUGGUGGUAAGCGAAGAAUGUUAAAGUUGGAGUAUAAGGUGCAGGCUGAUGAGUCUAUAGCUGAGAGAUUUUCAGAGUAUAGGACUCAGCAGCCGUACGUGUGAGAGAUAAGGAGAGAGAAAGAGAAGAGAGAGAAACAUUAACUCUCCCCCACUGAGCUGCUACCUGCGGCUGCUAGCUAGGAGGUUUCAUCGUAUAUGGAGUUCUUUUCUUUUUGUUUAUCGGCAAAUUAAAGAAAAAAAACAUGCAAGGAAAGAAAAAUCUCAGCGAAACAAACUCCACUGACGUACCCCAGUUAGGUUCUUUGUAGUACUUCUCCUUUUUUUUUUUUUAAAAAAAAAAAAUUUGAGGGAAAAGAAACCACUCUACAACUCUUCAUCAGGGCAUUAUCUAUUUUCAGCAAAUUCCUUGUUUUUUUCUGCCUGAAUACCACCUAACUGCAUCAGCUUUUGAGCUUUUAAUCUCCUCUUCUACUCUCUUGAUUCUUGGUUUCUCCUUACUGUUUAUGGUUCAAGUUUCCGGAGAUUUUUAGCUUAGCCCGACAAAGAUGAUGUCUGCAGGUGAUGGGCUUCCCUCAGUUCAUCCUGCUGCUUCCAUGAGAGGCUUCGUUCAAGCUCCCAACCCCAACCCUAGUACUAAUCCAAACCCUAAUUCAAAUCCAUCCAAGAGGAAAAGGAAUCUUCCAGGAACACCAGAUCCAGAUGCAGAAGUGAUAGCGCUAUCUCCAAAGUCCCUGAUGGCAACAAACAGGUUCGUCUGUGAAAUCUGCAACAAGGGUUUUCAGAGGGACCAGAACCUGCAGCUACACAGGAGAGGCCACAAUCUUCCAUGGAAGCUCAAGCAAAGAACCAACAAAGAAGUAGUGAGGAAGAAAGUCUAUAUUUGCCCUGAAAAAACAUGUGUUCAUCAUGACCCUUCAAGGGCACUCGGGGAUUUGACAGGAAUCAAGAAACAUUACAGCAGAAAACAUGGCGAGAAGAAAUGGAAGUGUGAGAAAUGCUCCAAGAAGUACGCUGUCCAGUCUGAUUGGAAAGCUCAUAGUAAAAUCUGUGGGACUAGAGAAUACAAGUGCGACUGCGGAACUAUCUUCUCCAGAAAGGAUAGCUUUAUCACACAUAGAGCCUUCUGUGAUGCAUUAGCCCAAGAAAAUGCAGGAUUAACUACUCCAUUUCCAUCUGCAAAUUUGAACGUGAGAAGUCAUGAUGAAUUGAUGAGUGGGGGGCCAAACAAUCUUCAAAAUGCUGGAAGCUCCCGUUUUUCUGGGGUGUUUAGGACAGAAAUUAGGGGAUUCGAAUCAGAAAAUCAGCUCAAUCUUGAUUUGCAGAAAUCCAGGCUCCCAAUGUGGCUAGACCAUGCAAAUUCUCAUCAUCUCAACCCCAUUGGAAAUCCAAGUUGCAGUUCCAAUGCUAGUUUCUUGGUAUCAUCAACUCCAGCCAGCUGCUUGCCUGCAGAACUGGUUCAAAUGGCUUCUUCACAGACUCAGUGGUUGAGUAGAGGACAACAGGAAUCACUUGCAGGUGGGAACAACAUUAAUGCUUCAUCGUCAUCUGCAUGGCCUGGAUCAGUACCAAGAGAGGAAGAAGAAAACAAAGGAAAUUUGUCUGAAGCCAUAAGUUCACUUUAUUACAGUAACAACCAGAGUCAGCAUGCAACCAACCCCCCACCAGCUCCCAUGUCUGCUACUGCAUUACUACAGAAAGCAGCUCAAAUAGGGUCAACCAGGAGCACCAGUUCUGCAAUCUUUGCCACUGGUUUUGGGCUCAUGAGCUCUCCUCUUCCCAGUCUCGGCAGCUUCAGCUCUUUCAACCAAACCAGAAACGAAAUUCAUCGGAAUCUUGGGAAAGGAGAGAACGACAAUAAUUUAAGUGGAUUCAUGGCUUCCAAAUCUGAAGCUGAAAACAGUCUCACCAGGGAUUUUCUUGGAAUGGGAGAAAACGAAAACGAAAACGAAAACCAAAGCCGGCGUUUCUUGCAAGAAAAUUUUGAUCAGUUUGCUUCCAUGGGCCAUUACAGCAGAAAUCACUGAGCUAUCCAAGUGGUAAAAUUUAGAGUUACAGGGGGGACAUUAAAAGGGAGGUUAAUUAAGGUUAAAUUACAAGACAAAAAGCUUCCAUAAGAGUACUGGACAGCUGCUGCAAGAGUCGGAAACAGAAGAGAUCUUGUGAACUGUCAGAGGGGGUGGAGUGGGGGGAGCUGAGGGUCCACUGCACGUCCGAAGACAUGACAAAAAGUGAGAAGGGAAUCACAAGGCAGAAAUUGGGGUUACUGCAUGUAGAAAGUUUUGGUGCAUUAAUUGUUGUUUCUAGGGUUUUUUUAUAUCUGGACCACAAAACUUUGUGAGCCUGUGAAUAAUGUGCUCAUUCAGGGUAGUGGUGUAAUACUGUUGUGCAUCUCCAUUUCCGUUUAAGGGAUUAUUCCUUCCGCAGACCUCCUUUAUUUACAUUUACCCCUCUUCAACUA